GAGGUUUCAAGGCUAGGAGAGUAGUCUAUGUUUUACAGUGCUCAAGUUUCGGGACCAAAACAACUCGGCUGUAAUUAAUCAAACGUUAUGUGUUUUAGUUGGCCGAGGGCUGUCUCAUGUUGCUUAAGUCUAUUUCGAGUGUUGCGUUGAGCAAAAGAGUCAUUAAUAUGCUCGUAAAGGGGGUCAUUUGUGUUGACUUUGUAAGGUUUUGUACUCAAGACACAAGCCCACCCAGUGUGCUAGCAGUCAUUCAUGUGGACGUAAUCGCACAGGGGUCAUCUGCAGGGUCACACUGUGGUACGGAAAAGUCAUAGUGGGGCGUCGAGCGCCAAGAAUUCCGUCGGAAUACAGCAAACGCAGCAACUUCAGACUGAGUGAACUUCGUGGUGGGAAAGAUUUGCACUGUUGGAGGGAACUCAGGGGUGGUUACAGGCAUGUCGUUACCAGGCAGUUUACGGGACCUUCGCCAGGAGGCGCCUUCGGAGGAGGAGCGCCCCCUGUCAGACGACGCCAAGCAUGGCAAGGAAGGCGAAGAGGAAGGGGAGGGGCGGUGUGGAUUAUUCUGUUUCUCGCCGGAUUGGCUGCAAGUGUUCAACUCGCCACGAUGUCUGCUGUUCUUCAUGUGCGCUCUUUGUGCCACCGAGACCGCCAUACUUUUAGGACUGACUCCCGGUGUUAUAUCCUCUAUCGAGGGGCGGUUCGAGCUUUCCAGCGCCAAGAGUGGCUUCAUCGUCAGCUCUACAGAAUUGUUUGCCGUCUUCACUGUUCCUAUCAUCUCCUACUAUGGCGGGAAAUCUCACAAGGUGAGGGAAUGGACGAAUUGA